AUGCACCGCUAUGGCGCCUUCGACUGGGAUGCCUUUACUAACGAGUCGUACGUCAAAGAUGACGAGAAUAGGCGUCUGACCUACUGCGGAUACAUGAAGUUCCUUUCGCUGGAUCUCGCGAAUACCUAUCUCAUCGGGCUAGGGCGAACGAAAAGCACUUUCGAGAGAGGAGUAGAAGUCAUUGCAAAGAGCAUGCUGAAACGAGAGAACAAGAUCUCGAUCAACAUUUUGCCAGUUCAGAAGUUGCUUACACUGUGGCACGGCACUGUCGCAAUCAUGGUCGAUGGAACAGUUAUCGUAGGACAGCGCAAAUCGUUUGAGGAGGAUGCGAAACUGGAGCUUGUUUAUGAGGACCAAAGACCCAGCUACUUUCGCGAACGUUCAGAGCUAUUCCAGUUGAGUAAAUCGGCUGCUGUAACAUUUGAGCCAAUAUAUCCUUGUGGCAUCAUGAUUCGACCGGCUAGCGGGCCCAAAUCGCUGUCGAUACAUGAUAUUGAUGCGCAAAAGAUACGUCGCCUGGCAGAAGUCAACUCUCCCGUUAUCCUUAGGGGCUUCGCUCAAACCAAGAACCGAGACGCAUUUGUUGCAAAUUCAUACGAGAUGGGUGUGCCUACGCCAUGGAAAUUCGGUCUUGUCCUCGAGGUCAAGGAUCGUGGAGCAGAAGGUCAAGGUCUAAACAAUGUCCUCAGUCAGGAAUGA